UCUACAAUUUGCCCUCCAUUACAUUGAGCUUUCUUUUUUGCCCCAUAUUACUUUGGUACUUGAUGAUUUGCCCCUUGCCCACAUGCAAUGACCAAGUUGCCCCUCCUAGCUGAUUAACCUGGAAUCCUGGAUCGAGCCCUCCGUUCGUCUGUCUCGCGUCGUUGGAACAGAGCAGAGCAGCCCCGUCUAGAAGAGCUGGGCGGCGCCCACCCUCCGGUAGUGCCUCCCCUCCGCCCCAAUCCUCGCGGGGUACUGUCAUACUCUACAAAUGGAUGAUCAAGUUAGUACUACACGAAGUGACCUAGAACACAUGGUACAGGAUGAAAACGCAAAGCCGAGGCCGCUGCAAUUAUCAGUUAUAGAAGGCAUCACUAAUGGUUUCUCUGAUGACCGGGAAAUUGGCAGAGGUGGAUUCGCGGUGGUCUAUAAGGGAGAGCUUCGGAACGGGAUGAUUGCUGUGAAGAAGCUAUUGAAUACGCACAUUCAGGAUGAGAAAUUCCAGGAAGAAGUAAAAUGCCUCAUGAAGGUGAAGCACAAUAAUGUAGUACGAUUUCUAGGAUAUUGUGCCGAUACACAAGGGAGGCUGGUAGACUUUGAGGGAAACAUGGUCAUGGCAGAUGUACGACAGCGAUUGCUCUGCUUUGAGUAUCUACAAAAAGGGUGUCUUCAUGAUUAUAUCACUGAUGCAUACAGUGGACUUGAAUGGACACAACGGUAUGAAAUAAUCAAAGGCAUUUGCAAGGGUUUAAAGUAUCUUCAUGAUAAUCAUAUUGUUCACUUGGAUCUUAAACCCGCUAAUAUACUGUUGGAUGACAAUAUGGUACCGAAAAUAGCUGACUUUGGUCUCGCGAAGUGCUUCGGUGAACACCAUAGCCGGAUAAUCAUUUCAAAACUUGGUGGAACACCAGGUUAUUUGGCACCAGAAUUCUACGGGGGGAAAAUCACAUUCAAGUCUGACAUAUAUAGUCUUGGUAUUAUAAUCGCAGAGAUACUAACUGGACAAAAGGGAUAUACCAAAGUUGAGAAUAUACUUGAAAGCUGGAGCAAUAGAUUGGACAAUUCGGACGGAGAAACACAGUUGGAACAAGUACGAGUGUGUGCCGAGGUAGGGAAAGAAUGCACCGAAUAUAACCCAGCGAUGCGACCAGAUCCACAAAGUAUUAUCAAGAAGCUUGAUGAAUCGGAAAGCACAAAUGGGCCCACUGAAGAUGCCGUGAGCAGUUCAUCAGUAGAGCAGGUAGGUUUACUUACAGCAAAUGACCUGGAGCAGAUGCUAAUUGAUGAAGAUGCGGAGCCGAAGAACCUGCCUUUAUCUCUAUUAGAACAAAUCACAAAUCAUUUCUCCGAUGAUCAGGAAAUUGGCAGGGGAGGGUUUGCAGUUGUUUAUAAGGGAGUGCUAGGGAAUGAGUUUGUGGCUGUGAAGCAGUUGUCCACAAAACUUGAAAUCAACGAGAAUAAACUCUACCAGCAAGUAUACUGUCUUAUGGAUGCGAAGCACCCAAAUAUCAUACGAUGUUUGGGAUGCUGUGUUGAUACACAGCGGAAAAGGAUAAGCUAUAACGGAAAAUUUGUCACGACAAAUAUACAACAACGAUUGCUCUGCUUUGAGUAUAUGCAUAAAGGGAGUCUUCAUGAUUAUAUCACCGAUGCAUCUCGUGGACUUGAAUGGAGAAAUCGCUAUAAAAUUAUUAAAGGGAUUUGCGAGGGUCUGCAUUACCUUCACGAGAAUCAUAUCGUUCACUCUGAUCUCAAACCGCAUAAUAUAUUGAUGGAUAGCGAUAUGCUGCCAAAAAUUGCGGACUUUGGCCUCUCAAAGUGCUUUGAUGAAAAUCAAAGAUGGACUAUUACUACCAAAUUGAUUGGAUCAGUGGCGUAUUUAGCACCAGAGUUCUAUAGUGGAAAAAUCACAUUGAAGUCAGACCUAUAUAGUCUUGGUGUAAUAAUCAUGGAGAUACUGACAGGAGAGAAGGGGUAUACAGAUGUUGAGAAUGUACGUGAAAGUUGGAAGGUUAGGUUCGAGAAAUCACAGGAAGACAUAUGUACACAGUUGGAACAAGUACGGGUAUGUGCUGACGUAGGGAGAGAGUGCACUGACUAUAAUCCAAAGAUGAGACCAGAUCCACGCAUUAUAAUCGAUAGGCUGGUUGAAACAGAAACAACAGAUGGGUCUACUGAAACUAGCAGGAUGAGUUCAUCUAUUGCACAACAUAGAUUACUCACGGCACAUGACUUGGAGAAAAUUCUACUUGAUGCAACUGCUGAGCCGAUGAGCCUUCCAUUAUCUCUCUUAGAACAAAUCACAAAUUAUUUCUCCAGUGAUCAGGAAAUUGGCAGUGGAGGGUAUGCAGUUGUUUAUAAGGGAAUGAUUGGGAAUCAGAUAGUCGCUGUGAAGAUGCUGUCUAAUGCAUAUAUGCAUGAGAGGAUUUUCCACCAAGAGGUAGAAUGCUUGAUGAAAGCAAAACACAAAAAUAUAAUACGAUUUCUGGGGUAUUGUGCCGAUACACAAGGGAAAAUGGCAUCCUACCAGGGAAGGUUUGUUAUGGCAGAUGUAUCACAAAGGUUGCUCUGCUUUGAGUAUCUGCCAAAAUCUCUUGAUCGCUAUGUCAUCGAUGCUUCUCAUGGGUUUGAAUGGAGAGUGCAUUACCAAAUAAUCAAAGGGAUAUGCCAUGGUUUAAAUUAUCUUCACCAGAGUCAUAUUAUACACUUGGACCUCAAACCAGCUAAUAUAUUGCUGGAUUAUAAUUUGGUGCCUAAAAUUGCUGACUUUGGUCUCUCACGGUGUUUUGAUGAAAAAGAAAGCCAGAUCGUUACUUCACACUUGAUGGGAACAAUGGGAUAUAUGCCACCAGAAUUCUUCAGCGGGCAAAUCACAUUGAAAAUAGACUUAUACAGUCUUGGUGUUAUAAUCAUCGAGAUGUUGACGGGAGAGAAGGGGUAUUUUGACAUUGAUUGUAUACUUCAAAUGUGGGCCAAUAGAUUGGAGAUUUCACAGCUGGAACAAGUACGGGUAUGUGCUGAGAUAGGGCAAGAGUGCAUUGCAACAAACCCAGCGAAGAGACCAACUACACAGGAUAUACUUGAUAGGUUUGCUGCAACUGAUCUCACAGAUGGGGUUACAAAACUGCGUGUUCAUCAGUAGUGAAGGCAGAAAAGGCUUCCCGCUAACUGCAGGGAGGUGCACUCAAAUCAGAAGGAGCUCAAGCACUGAGGUGGAUUGGAAGUAUUGGAUGGGCCAGAACCAGAGAAAUAGGCUACCUGGUGCCGGCGAUGCAGGACCGGGCCGAUCCGCUGGUGGCGGCGGCCGCCCAUGAUGCAGGAUGGCGUGGAGUCGAUGGCGGCGGUCGCCCUAGAUGCAGGAGGACGGGGUGUCGAUGGCGGCAGCGGUCUCCACGCGGGACGACGGGAUCUCGAGGGUGUCGACGGAGGCGGCGGUUGCGCUCCGCGCAGGACGACGCCGACCGGAUGCCGUGAUGGCGGCGGCGGUCACGCGACGGAGGUUGGCGAGGGUGUUGACGUAGGCUCGCGAGGGUGUCGACGGAGGCGACGGUUGCGCUCCGCGAAGGACGACGCCGACGGGAUGGCGGCGGCGGUCACGCUCCAGGGAGAACGCGAUGUUGAGGGAGGCCGGCGACUGCUCUCGUGAUGGAGGCUGCCGACUUCUCUCCUGUUGGGCCAAUUGUUGGGCCCGUUUCGGGAGAGCUAUUUUUUUUUUCGAUGGUGUACUUGUUGAUGGGCUGUCGGGCCGUUUAAUCCUGACCGUUGACUAAUCAUACCUCUCCCUUUACCAGCUGUGGUAAAAGGUAAUGUAAAAGAUGCCUAAAAUUAAAGUUGUGCGAACUCCAA